AUGCUAUCAAGCAGGAGAUAUCAUCGGCUCCUUUUUCGGCAAAAAUUGAAGUCCUCACACAAAGACAAAGUGCGGCAGUUCAUGUCCUUCACACAGGCGGGGGAGAGGACAGCAGUCUACUGCCUGACACAGAACGACUGGAAACUUGAACUCGCCACUGACAACUACUUCCAAAACCCAGACCUGUUCAACAAAGAAUACAUGAAAACCUCAGUUGACCGCAAGAAGCUGGAGCAGCUUUACAGCAGAUACAAGGACCCUCAAGAUGAAAAUAAAAUAGGCGUGGAUGGGAUCCAGCAGUUCUGUGACGACCUCUUACUGGAUCCGGCGAGUCUGAGCAUCCUAGUUGUGGCCUGGAAGUUCAGAGCAGCCACACAGUGCGAGUUCAGUAAGAAGGAGUUUCUAGACGGCAUGACUGAGCUGGGCUGCGACAGUCCUGAAAAAGUCAGAGCUAUUCUUCCAAGACUAGAGCAAGAGCUGAAAGACCCUGGGAAGUUUAAAGAUUUUUACCAGUUCACUUUUAAUUUUGCCAAGAAUCCCGGACAGAAAGGAUUAGAUCUGGAGAUGGCUCUUGCGUACUGGAAAUUGGUUUUGACUGGUCGCUUUAAGUUUCUUGAUCUCUGGAAUAAAUUUCUUACUGAACAUCACAAGCGUUCUAUACCUAAAGACACAUGGAACCUUCUUUUGGACUUUGGCAACAUGAUCGCAGACGACAUGUCAAACUACGACGAGGAAGGGGCGUGGCCUGUCCUGAUCGAUGACUUUGUGGAGUUUGCGCGGCCAUUUGUGGGCGGAACCAAACGUGUCAUGACAUAA